AAAUUAUUAAUUAAACGAUAUUAUUAUGAUUUUUAAAGGUCAGUUUCGUCAGGUGAUCUAAUUAUUUGCAUAAUCUGUAAAACUUUUAAGUUUGUAGGCUUUAAGCCUGUAACUGUUCUUCAUUCAGAAAGUAACUUUUCUGAUGAUUUUCUCUUUGGUAGACAGCGAUGUGAUGGCCUAUUUAAAAAUUGAAAAGAUAAUAACUAUUUAGAUGUAACCUAUUAACGUAGGCUAAUCGAUAGUUUAUCAGUCGAAUCUUGUUAUAUUUAUGGUGUUAAUAUCAUUAAAAGAGAAUAUGGUCUCGUCUUUUACAGCUGUUGACUAUGUUUUAUUUGCGGCUUUAUUAUUACUUUCUUCGUCUAUCGGUAUAUAUCAAGCCUGUAGGGGUGGGUCGUCAUCAACAACAGAAGCUCUACAAGCAGGGAAGAGCUUAAAUUUCGUUCCUGUUGCUCUAAGUAUCCUAGCCAGCUUUUUUUCCGCUUCAACAUUAUUGGGAACUCCUGCUGAAAUAUAUCUUAGAGGAUCCAUCUAUUGGAUAUCAAUUGUUGGUGCUGUACUACCACCUUUUCUAGGAGCUUUUGUUUUUGGUCCUUUUUUUCAUAAAUUAAAUAUAUUAACUGUUUUCGAGUAUCUAGAAUCAAGAUACAAUGGAACUCUUAUAAGGAGGAUUGCAGCUCUACUAUUCUGUUUAAGAGCCGUAAUUGGAGCUGGUAUCGUUUUGUACGGUCCAGCCACUGCCCUGUCAGCCGUAACCCCGUUACCAACAUGGGCUGCGAUUGUUGCUACAGGUGCUGUAGCAACUUUUUAUACGACAAUAGGCGGUAUGAAAGCUGUAGUUUGGACUGACGUCUUUCAAAUGUUGUUAAUGUUUUGCGGAAUGUUAGCGGUAAUUAUAAAGGGUUCAAUAUCGGUGGGAGGUAUGAACGAAGUUUGGAAGAUAGCUGAUAGGGGUGGUAGACUAAAAUUGAACAACUUAUGGAGUUUUGAUCCAACUAUAAGGCAUACAUUUUGGUCUUUAACAAUAGGAAUCUUUUUCGUUUGGUUACCUCCGUAUAGUGUAGAUCAGCAAAUGGUUCAAAGGUUUACGAGUACGAAGACAUUGAAUCAGGCUAGGUUGGCUUUGUUGUUCAAUGCACCCGGGAUGGCUAUUAUUAUAUCUUUAUGCUGUCUGACGGGAUUGGUUAUGUAUGCUAGAUACGAAAAUUGCGACCCACUAUCCUCUGGAAAGAUUUCCAAUAGUAACCAAUUACUACCAUAUUUUGUUAUGGACGUUCUAAGUGAUGCUAAAGGAUUACCUGGACUCUUCGUCGCCUGCAUAUUAAGUGGUGCGUUAAGCUCAAUUUCAUCCAUGUUAAAUUCGCUAGCUGCCGUCUUAUGGAAGGACAUUCUUUCGGCCUUUGUCAAAAUUGAAGAUGACAAAACGGCCACAAAAUUGACAAAAUUUCUUGUUGUUGUAUUUGGUGCGUUUAGUAUUGGAGCGGCUUUUGCUGUUGGUCGUUUACAGGGCACAGUUCUACAAAUGUCUCUAACCCUCAACGGAAGUCUUGGUAGUCCUCUUGUAGGUAUGUUUUUGCUGGCUGUUUUCGUUCCUUGGUCCGGUCAAAUUGGAUCUUUAAUUGGUUCAAUUGUUGGUUUGGGAAUUUCAAUGUGGCUUUCCUUAGGUGCUUUUGUUACGAAACCUAAUGUACUUGAUAAUUUGCCAGUAUCUACGUCAGGUUGCAUAGUUUCUAAUAUAUCAACAGUAGCUCCCGUAGUCUCUACAGUGCCAAACGAAGUUAUUUCAGGUAUUAAAAAAUUCUACUCCCUAUCCUACUUAUGGAAUACUUCUAUUGGAAUUGUCCUUACGGUCUUCAUAGGAAUGGUCCUUAGCGCCAUCUUCAGGGAAAACCAUAGAAUAAGACCUAACAUGAUGUUGUCGUAUCUCGAUACCUUUUGGCCCUGUGUACCGAAAAAGCUAAGAGACCGCUGCCGAAGUAGAAGAAUAACAUCGAUGAAAAUGCAGGAAGAUGAUAAGAAAGCCGAAGAGAAGAGAGAUAAAGAUGAAGAAACAAGCAAGAAUUCUAGUCAAUAGUGAUGACCUUCAUUGGAAGAUUGUUAAUUGAAUUAACUGCAGUGCUCUUGACGCAAGAUUCAGAAUUGUCAACAGUUUCAGCUGAAACUUCUUCGUAAUCCUUUUCCAGAGCUGCUAGAUCGUAGCGUGCUUCGUUAAACUCUCCCUCCUCCAUUCCUUCUAUUACGUACCAAUGUACGAAUGCUCUUUUUCUAAACAUUAAAUCAAAUUUACGGCCAAGAGAUUUCCAAGAUCCAGAUAUUGCGGUAUUAUUCGAUAGCAUACAGAGUGCUCUGUUAGUGUUUCCCUGAUCGGAAUCUGCAACUGUUAUUGGCGAUUGGCUAUUUAUUCCUACUUUAAACCCAGUCGGACACCUAGGCAAAUAAAUAUAGAUUUUAAGAUAAUUAUUAAUAUAGUUUCAUACGGACCAGUCGACAAACGACAAAGAUCUUGAUCCUCGGAGGAACUGUAUAGCUGAAUUAACAUCUUUAGGUGUAAAAUCUCCCCUAUAUAGCAUACAACAAGCCAUAAAUUGAUGUUUCAAAGGCUCACAUUUUACCAUCUGACUAUGAGGCUCAAAGGCAUCAGAUGUCAGUUGCUUUGCACUCAUCCUUUCGUGAUUUACACUGGAAGGUGGUAUAAAGGGUGAAAAAGAGGUCAAAGGGAAGUGAAUACGUGGAUAAGGCACUAAAUUUGUUUGAAACUCCGCUAAAUCAACAUUUAGACAACCUGUAAAUCUUAAAGAAGCCGUAAUGGAACUAAGAACCUAAAAAAGAUGAUAAAAGGAAAUUCCGUAUUAUUAGAGUAAACAAUUAAUUUUUUUAUAAGAUAAGGAUGAUACUUGUGAAAUUAGUCGGUUCAAAUUGACGUAAGACGGCUGUUCUACUCCUAAGCGAUUUUGGCAAAUAUCAAAAAUUGCUUCGUUAUCGUAUAGAAAGCAGCAAUCACUAUGAUCCAUCAUGUGGUGAGAAGCGUGUACAGCAUUAUAAGGUUCCACUAUGACGGGAGAUAUUUCGGAAGACGGAUAGAUAGAAAAAGAAAAUUUUGUCUUCUUUUCAUAUUCCCUUGACAUAAUUUCCAUUAGCUUUGCUGUUAAACCAGCUCCAGUUCCACCACCGAAAGAAUGAAGCAUAAAGAAUCCCUGAAGAUUAUCACAGUUCUCGACUAAUUUCCGAAUUUGUUCGUCCAAUUGGGACAUUAGCUACAGAAAAUUUUAGAAACGAAAAGCAUUACCAAUCUAAAUCGGUUUAAAACGAGAAGAAUACUAAUAAAACGCUCAUUCUUACGUUAGUUUGAGCGCUAGAUAUCUGAAAGUAGGCACGAGCAAAAUUCGAAGCGGCGUCCUCUUUUCCAUUUAUAAUAUAGCUUGGAUGAAAAAGAUGUUUCUGAUUACUAUUUCUAAUUUUAUCAACUACUGUUGGCUCUGAAUCAAGUAAAAUGGUUCUUGGAACGAAUUGACCAGAAAGAGUUUCCGCAAAAAAGCAAUCACAACCGUCCUCUUCAGACCUCUCCUUUGAUCUCUUUCCAUUAGCGUCUAUAUUAUGCUCAGCUGCAUAUAAUUGCCAGACAGACGUUGCCAACUCGCAACCGGCUUGUCCAACGUUCAAACUGACAAUUUCUCGACCCAUUUUUUUUUAAUAAAAACAAUAAUAAAAGAUGUUUUCUUGAAUUUUUU